ACCAAACUCCAAAACAUCCAAUCUACAUAUGCCUCCUCCAGCAAUGCUAGCUUUUGAUGAUGGUUUAGACAACGAAUGGAAGGGUUUCACGGUUUUCCCUGGAGAAAACCUUAGCCCUAACCCUAAACCUAAUUUCAACUUCUUGGCGAAGAAGGCAAUUAUGGACAGCGAGAAAUCAACCGGUCCUAUGCUCUCCCAUUCUUCGGCAACAGACGACAGCUUCAGAAUCGUGUUGCCGCCGGCGAUGCCUCCACCCAGAGACUCAGCCGUUCCGCUUCCUAUGCUCCCUGAGCCAAUAAGAAUCCAAAAGAAACUUGGCCGCCAAGAAUCAUUCCAUUUCAUGAGGAAAUCUCGCUACUCGGAGAAAAUCCUCUACAAGGAAGAAGAUUUCAAAUGCAACGUCUUCUGCUUGGCCCUACCUGGAUUCGGUAAACACAAGCCGGUUAGAUCUUCUUCCAAACGCCAAGAUUCUAUGGAGAAGAAGAUGAUGAAAACGUCUUCCUUCACCUACUCCACUGUUUCGAUACGCGCCUCGCUGGAGAAGUUCGAAUGCAGUUCUUGGGCAUCAACCACGGCCCUAACCCAAGAUCACGGUCGUAUGUAUUUCGAAUUCCCCGUGGAGAUGAUGAAGUGCAACAGCCGUGGAAACGGAGGGAGAGAUGUGCAAGAACCGGUGACUUCUGGUUUCUUGUUCGAUAGAGAGACAGAGACUAUGGCUCUUAGAAGUGUUUUGAAGACGAGGAGUUCACGGUCGUCGGGAAGAGAUCACCAAAGAUCAGCUGAGACUUCGCCACUACGCCGUGUGAGAUUUUCAGAUUCUUCUUCGGCGUCGGUCUCGUGCCCUACUUCGCCGCGAUCUUGUAUCACCCCUCGAUUGCGUAAGGCUAGGGAUGAUUUUAAUACCUUCUUGUCUGCUCAAAACGCUUGAGAAACGAAAAACCGACACCACGAGUUUUUUUUUUUUAAUAUGAAAAUAUGUUACCUGUAUUUCAUAUAUGUAUGUGUAUGUAAUGUAUCUACGGAUGCUGUGUAAAUA